AACCCAGACAGAGUGAUAGAGAGAGAGAGAGAGAGAGGGAGAAAGAGGGAGACACAGAAGAGAGAGAGAGAGAGAGAGAAAGAGGGAGACACAGAAGAGAGAGAGAGGGAGGGAGAGAGACACAGACACACACACAGACACACAGACAGAGGGAGAGACGGAAGUGGAAUGCUGUCCCCAUGCCAGUCCUGAGGCCGGAGCGUCUUUCAUAGUGAGACAAGCCAACAGGAAGACUGCGGAGGUGUGAGACAGGUGUAGGCAGACAGGUCACAGUGUGUGAGACAGCAUGGCGAGCAUGAUGGUGCCGGUUAGAAACGUGAGCACUCUGCAGUGUGGGGUGAAGCGUGUGUGCAGGGACAGACCAGAGGAUGCGCCCAUAAAGAAGCGCGUGAUGGCGGAGAUGAAGCUGACGCGCAGAGUGAAGCGGGAGGACUCGGAGUGUGAUAAAGCCUUGGACCUGAGUCCGGGUCUCAAACACACACUGGCUCAGUUCACACUGAGCAGCCGGAGCUCGCUCGGGGGACCGGCCGCUUUCUCCGCGCGCACUGAUGUCAGCUCGCCACAGACCAUGGCCCCGCCCCUUCCUUCACCCUCCAUCCUGGGGGCAGGGCCUCUGUUGGUGCCGAGCGACAGGUCGACGGAGCUGACGCAUGCAGUGCUGGAGGGCGAGUCGAUCUGCAGCUUUGUUGUGGGAGGAGAGAAGCGUCUGUGUCUGCCGCAGGUUUUGAACUCGGUGCUGCGAGACUUCACGCUGCAGCAGAUUAACGUUGUGUGUGACGAGCUGUAUGUGUACUGCGCCCGCUGUGACGCCGACCAGCUGCACGUGCUCAAAGUGUUGGGCAUCCUGCCCUUCAACGCCCCGUCCUGCGGCCUCAUCACACUGACUGACGCGCAGAGGCUGUGCAAUGCGCUGCUCCGACCUGGCUCCACCCAAAACCACCCCCAGCCCGGGGUGAAAGGCUCAGCUGUUAACGGACAGUUCGGCUUCCAGGUGGAGCACCAGUGCCUGGGGAAGUGCCGCGGUGUGUUCGUGCCGCAGUUCUACGUGCGUCCGGACGCACCGUGCGUGCAGUGUGUGGAGUGCCAGCUGCUGUUCUCGCCUCAGAACUUCGUCAUGCACUCGCACCGCACACCUGACAAGCGCACCUGCCACUGGGGCUUCGACUCCGCCCGCUGGCCGCGCUACCUGCACCUGAGCCGCCGCUACGAGGGCACUGCCGAGGAGACCAAACUCAGCACUGUGCUCGACCAGAUGAAGAAGAAAUUUCACCUGCAAUCAGACACACCCCUGGACCAGGUUGUGGAUGAGGACAUCUGUGUGAGGAAGUCCAGUCCUUCCACUGAUCAGGUGUGUGACACAAAGAGAAAGGGUUCUCUGGCCUUCACUCGUCUGUGCCCUGACAUCAAACAGGAAGUCGGACCGCCUGACAUCAUCCAUCCCAGCUACUACCUGUACCCAUAUGAUAAGAUGGUGGCACCCAACGUGUCUCUGCAGAAGAAUAGUGACAGUGACGGAGCAGACACACUAGGAACCCUGCUGAAACACCACUACAGCAGGAGAACACACGAUGUCCAUGCGGCCACUCCGUCCAUUGUCGAGGAACCGAAAUUUCGCCACGGCGAUGAAACGCGUCCACUCCCUUCGGCUGUCUCCAUGGAAACAGACGGGAAGGAAGAAGACGAUAAGGAGCAGCUGGUGUUUGAGAUGGUUCACAUGUACAACAGACAGCAGGAGAAGCUGAACGCUACGCUGCACACGCAGAGAGAGCUUGAGACGGAGCUACAGGCAGUGUGUGAUGGUGAGGCGGAGCAGUGGAGGCGCUUGUCGGUGGAGCACAGUGAGCUGCAGAGCGAGUUGGAGGCGGUGCACACUGAGCAUGCUCAGAAACUGGGAAGGGUUCAGCAGGAGCAGAGGGAGUUGGAGCAGAGACUGGAACAGCUCCGACACACAUACACACACUGCACCUGCCAGAGCCAGGAGGAGCAGUACACCUCCCAGCUGUGUGAUCUGAGAGUGAGACUGGAGCGGGCAGAGGCAGAGAGACAGGAGCUGCAGGAUGAGCUGAGGAGAGAGAGAGAUGCCCGGGAGAAACUGGAACUGCUCAUCAGUCAGCUACAGCAGCAGAUCACCAGCUCAGCCAAUCACAGCCCUCGGAGCAUCUACUCAACCAAUCACAGCCCUCAGACCACUGACUCAAACAAUCACAGCCCUAAAAACCUCACACCAGCCAAUCACAGUCCUCGGAGCCAGCACACACACUCACCUGCAACUAAACACAGCGGAGCCGAGUCGUCUUGAACACACACUUUAUGUUUAAGGACUGUUUUAUAAUUCAACUUAUUAUUAUUAUUAUUAUUAGUAUUAUUAAUAUUUUGUCAUUGUUGAGGCUUACUCUGAUGUUAGGGUGUGAGUGUGUUUUCCCCUGCUGGACACAGCAAUCACACACACACACACACACACACACAUAUAUGAUGCAGCUGUGACUUGUGAGUAUUAACAUUUACACACACAUAUAACUAAUGAUGAGGUACAGCUUCACACUGUUCCCAUAAUUAGCAAACCAGAAUUUAAUUAACACACUAUUAGUAAUCAGUUAAAGUAAUAACACCUUAAUUUAUUAAUUAGUUGUUGAAACAGUGAACCCUGUUUAUUGAUGUUUAUCAAUCCAUGAUUAGAAAUAACCCAUGAAUCACUAAAGUCUUUAAUUAAUUAAUUAAAAUUAAUUAAUAUAACAUUAAUAUGUUAAUGACUAAACUUUAAUAUUCAAAAGAAUAAGAGCCAUGAGCUCAUUAAUAUUUAUUAACACGCUGUAGUUAACACGUAGUUAACAUGUAGUUAGUUACGGAUGGAAUAAAUUAGAUAUUAAUGAUUGCGGGUGUGUUUAGUAAGCGUUUACACAUUCACCUGCUGCAUUAACUUCGUUUGACUGACAGUGUGUUAAUGCUGAUUCUAAGAAUUACAGUCCCUGACACGCACGCACACAGAGACAACAAUGACAAGACAAAACUUCUUGUCUACACUUCUGUACUACUCUAGAGUGUAAAAAAAAAAAAAAAAGAUGAAGUGUGUAUUGAUGUAGACAUGUUACACUAAUGUUCCCAUUAUGCACCACGACAUAGAAGGGGCGGGGCUUGUAACAGAUAAAGGACUACUGAUGAUGGUAGUGAUGGAAGAUCUUCAUACGUGCAUCUUUCUCCAUCUCUCAUUAGCAGUGACACACACACGUAGCUGUUAGCAAGCAUUGCUGGUGGUGUUAGCAUGCUAAUAUCCUCUAAUAAUGAACACUGUAGCUAAAUCUACAUAGCAUGAGUGAAGGAGGACGUCAUGAUGGGAUCAUUUCACAUGAUUACAGCUUAAUAAUAAUAAUAAUAAUAAUAGUUAUUUAUUACUACUGUUAUUAUUUCUAAUAAUCUCACUUCAUUUAUAUCACAUGUUAUGGCCACACCAUAUUGUCAUCACGUGCUUUCACUGACACGUGUGUGUCUGUGUGUAUGAACACUCCUGUCUUAAUUUUAUUCAUAUUUAAACAUUUCUGCCGUUUUUGUGGGUUUUUUUUUUCCAGAUUGAACAGAUUUUUACUGACGUGGUGUAAAUGUCAUUUUGUACACGAGGUGGCGCUGUGUGUCAGAGAAACUGAGUGUGAUUUCACAUUUCUUACGUUUUAUUUUCUCUUUUGUGCUGAAUGAUGAACUUGUACAGAGCCUGGUGUAAUUAGCCGAGUGCUGCACGCUAACCGGAACAGGCUUAAAGAUUUAUACAGAAAGUACACCGGGGAUAAACGUUAAGCUGUCUCACUGCGUCACGCCGACUGACCGUUGAGCGAUUUUAGAAAUCACCUCAGAGAUGAUUUAGAGGUUUGUCCUGCACAGGGGUGGAGCGACACCUCACCCUGAUGAUACAUCAUGAUGAUCUGGAAUAGUGAUAUCGUUACACUUACUAUAUAUCGGUAUCGAUAAUGGCAUCGAAUGAGUCGGAAUAGUGCACUAGUUAUGGGCUGUGUUUCACACCACACUCUGAAUAACAGCUGGGACGAUAUAUCAGUGUGACGAUAUACUUCCAUAAUAUACAUUUUAUUUUGGUGUUAGUUUGGUACCAUUCGUAUUGUAUAACCUGUGAUGUAGUGAUCGUUGUACCGUAUCGCUCCACCCCUCAGCAGUGAGACAGAGUUGGGGGGGUUUGAUUUCAGUCCUGCAUGAAAAUGAAAAUUAAACUAAGAUGCUGCACUCCUACCUCAUGUUGACAAAUAGAAAUAUAUUAAAAAAAAAGAAACAUUUUAUACAAGAUGGGGAAAUAUUUACAGAUUACAAACAUGUAUAGUGUGUGUGUGUGUGUGUAUACACCUUUGAUGUAAAUACGGCGUGUACAGAUGAUGAGCUUGAAUUAAAUUAAACUUCUCUAGAACGCU